GCCACAUUUGAAACAUGGCCGACGAGCUGGCGCGGCUCGAGCAACUGCGCACGUCGUCGCGGGACUUGGUGGUCUACCUGGAGCAGGUCUGCGAGGAAUUCGACAUGAUCCAAGGCGAGAAUGAAAAAGCGUUGCGCAUCAUGGAGAACUGGGCGGCGGUGUUCCAGACGGCCAAGGGAGUGGCGCGGAUACAGCUUGCCCCCGAUGGGUUGUCUGGCAGCUUCCGCCGCGAUGCCACGUCUUCGUCCGCUUCCACCGACGGAUGAUGAUGGCACGCAUGUUCAAAUUCGACACUUGAAUCGUAUAUAUAUAUAUGUUAUGCAUGCUUGUGCUCAUUCGCACAAGUCGACGUCAUGAAAGCUCUCGUUUCCAUUCGCUGCCAUCGGCGCCACGGACGAUGGCGACGACGGCAGCGCGCCAUCCACCUCGACGAGGAUAGUGUUGGCGCUGACCUUUCGAGUCC